GGUUAGUCAUGCGGCUUGGUAUGGUUUUCCCGGUAGGCGCAUGGAUUUGUGCUUUGCUGCUUGCGGUCAUCCUCGGCAAUCGGAGGCUUCGAGACACCUGCUAUUGGGCUUUUGGCUACCUCCGCCUCCGCCUUCUCCCGCCCACACCAAGAGACAACUUCAACCCACCAGACUCAACUCCCUCUCCACUCCGCGCCACUUCUCUACAUCUCACCCUCCCGCCAUUCCACCAUACCGGGUUCUGUCGCAACCGAAUCCAAGCAUUUUGAUCCACCAUGUCUUCGUUUGCCCUGCGGAGACUUGUCUCGUCGUCUCGCAUUUCCCCCGCUCUGAGAGUGUCGGUGCGAUCAUUUCACUCAACAAAACCUGCUGCGAAGAUAUGGGCUCCUACAAAUAGCCUGCGAGCAAAGGAGGCAACUUCUCAUGUUUCCAACAAAUACCCCGUCAUUGACCAUGAGUACGAUGCCAUCGUUGUCGGAGCCGGAGGUGCAGGUCUGCGCGCGGCUUUCGGUUUGGCCGAGGCUGGUUUCAACACUGCUUGUAUUUCCAAGCUCUUCCCGACUCGUUCGCACACCGUUGCUGCUCAGGGUGGUAUCAAUGCUGCGCUCGGAAACAUGCACGAGGACAACUGGCGGUGGCACAUGUACGACACUGUGAAAGGUUCGGACUGGCUCGGUGACCAGGACGCUAUUCACUACAUGACCCGUGAGGCGCCGGCGUCGAUCAUUGAGUUGGAAAACUACGGUUGUCCUUUCUCGCGAACGGAGGACGGCAAGAUCUACCAGCGGGCGUUUGGUGGUCAAUCGCAGAACUUCGGAAAGGGUGGACAGGCCUACAGGUGCUGUGCUGCCGCUGACCGAACUGGACACGCGCUUCUCCACACCCUCUACGGUCAAUCGCUACGCCACAACACCAACUACUUCAUUGAGUUCUUCGUCAUGGACCUGCUGAUGGAGGACGGUGUUUGCAAGGGUGUGAUCGCUUACAACCAGGAAGAUGGUACCCUUCACCGUUUCCGCGCCCACAAGACCGUUCUUGCUACCGGAGGAUACGGACGAGCCUACUUCUCCUGCACUUCGGCCCACACCUGUACCGGUGACGGUAUGGCCAUGGUCGCUCGUGCCGGUCUCCCCAACCAGGAUUUGGAAUUCGUUCAGUUCCACCCUACCGGUAUUUACGGUGCUGGAUGCUUGAUCACUGAGGGUGCCCGUGGAGAGGGUGGAUACCUGCUCAACUCUGAGGGAGAACGGUUCAUGGAGCGUUACGCUCCUACCGCUAAAGAUCUUGCUUCCCGUGACGUCGUCUCGCGUUCCAUGACUUUGGAGAUCCGUGAGGGCCGUGGUGUCGGUGCCGACAAGGACCACAUCUACCUGCAGCUGUCGCACUUGCCAGCUGAGGUUCUCCACGAGCGUCUGCCCGGUAUUUCGGAAACCGCCUCUAUCUUCUCUGGAGUUGAUGUCACCAAGUCUCCUAUCCCUGUUCUGCCGACUGUCCACUACAACAUGGGUGGCAUCCCCACUCGUUACACUGGAGAGGUUCUCACUGUCGACGAGAACGGAAACGACCAGGUUGUUCCCGGACUCUUCGCUGCCGGUGAAGCCGCUUGUGUGUCUGUCCACGGUGCCAACCGUCUCGGAGCCAACUCUCUUCUGGAUCUGGUCGUCUUCGGGCGUGCCGUCGCCCACACCAUCCGCGACACUCUUACCCCCGGCACACCCCUCCCGGCAGCCAGCGCUGACAUCGGUGCCGAGUCGAUCGCUCACCUCGACAAGAUCCGCAACGCUUCUGGGCCCAAGAGCACCGCUGAGAUCCGUCUGGCUAUGCAGAAGACUAUGCAGACUGAUGUCUCUGUCUUCCGUACUCAGGAGUCGCUCGACGAGGGUGUUGAGAAGAUCAUCAAGGUGGAUCAGACUUACGGCGAUAUCGGAAUCAAGGACCGCAGCAUGAUCUGGAACUCUGACUUGGUAGAGGCUCUCGAGCUCGGUAACCUGUUGACCUGCGCCACUCAGACCGCCACAUCUGCCUCCGCCCGUAAGGAAUCUCGUGGAGCACACGCCCGCGAGGACUACCCCGACCGUGACGACGAGAACUGGAUGAAGCACACCCUCUCAUGGCAGAAGAAGCCCCAUGGAGAGGUCAAGUUGGGAUACCGUGCUGUGCAGGCUAACACCCUUGACGAGAAUGAGUGCAAGGCCGUGCCUCCGUUCAAGCGUGUGUACUAAGCGUGUACUUUUCAUUUGUAAUCUUGGUGUUGGUUGGAUUGUUUAAUGCCGUUGGGUGGAGGAAUGGAUUUACGAGGGUUCGACGGCUCUGUAUGAUUCUUUUGGGCAGGGACAUUGCGUUGCUAGGUGUGGGAAAAAACGCUGUGCUCAUAAAAAGGGUUCAAGCGUGGGGCGGGUUUUCAUUGGCUUCUGGCUGGCUUUAUU